AUGGCGGCGGCCGCGGCGGAGCCCCGGAUUCCCGAAUUUUGGGGUCCCCCCAAAUUUGGGGUUUGCCAGGUGAUCCAGUACCAGACCGUGCGCUACGACGUGCUGCCCCUGUCCCCCAUCUCCAGGAACCGCCUGAACCAGGUGAAGAGGAAGAUCCUGGUGCUGGACCUGGACGAGACCCUGAUCCACUCCCACCACGACGGCGUCCUGAGGCCCACGGUGCGGCCCGGGACCCCCCCCGACUUCAUCCUCAAGGUGGUGAUCGACAAACACCCCGUGAGGUUCUUCGUGCACAAACGGCCCCACGUGGAUUUCUUCCUGGAGGUGGUGAGCCAGUGGUACGAGCUGGUGGUGUUCAUGGCCCCAUGGGACAGCCUCAACCACCGCUACUACCGACAGCACUGCACGCUGGAGCUGGGCAGUUACAUCAAGGACCUGUCGGUGGUGCACAGCGACCUGUCCAGCAUCGUCAUCCUGGACAACUCCCCCGGCGCCUACCGCAGCCACCCAGGUACCCAAAAAGUGCCAAAAUAGCCC